UGCGUGAUAAAGGCGGCCCUGUGUGUUUUCCCCGGGAGUCGCCGCAGAAAGGACGGAGAAGGGGACCCGAUACCGAGCACCGACCGCUCCGCACCGUACAGCCCCGGCCCGACGUCCUCUCAGUGUAUAGUCCUCCCCUUCCCCCCUUCUCUCUCCCCUCCCUUCCCCCCCUUUUUUUUUCUUUUUCUCCGGGACAAAACAGACGCCGCUCUCUACAACACUGCCGUCCCUCCGGGAGAGCACGUGUUCCCCUCCCCGCCCUGCCCACUGAGAAUUUAUUCAAGUUUUUUUUUUUUUGAUCAUUCUUUGUUAUCAAGCCGCCAAAGUGGAGAGUGCGAUUGCAGAAGGGGGUGCUUCUCGUUUCAGUGCUUCGUCAGGUGGAGGAGGUAGGGGUGCCUCUCAGCACUAUACCAAGACUGUUGGCAACGGGUUGAAAGCUCUGAUCGGCAAGUGUUUUGACAGGAUUUUGACCGGGUGGCAUUACUCUCCGCCCGAAGAAGAUCGUCGCGAGAAGCCCAAACCGCUCCUCCCCUCCCCCCAGUUGCGAACGCAGUAUUUUCUGUAGGACAUCUGCGCGCCGUGCAUUUGCAUGCAGCGCGCGUUAGACAAAGCGGACUCAACGGGUUGUGCGCCUGUAACGCACAGUAACCCUGCCGAGCGGAAACGCUGCGAGUACCUGGGGAAAACCCCAGGGCCUGGCGUUCCAAGAUGGAUUCCUUCACGAAGCACUAGACGAGAUGUUAACUCCUCAAACAACUCCGCCAACAACCCUGCGCUUACCUCGGCAAGUGAAAAAGAACGGCACGAUGCAAUCUUUAGGAAAGUAAGAGGCAUCUUAAACAAGCUUGCUCCCGAGAAGUUUGACAAACUAUGCCUUGAGCUCCUUAAUGCGGGUGUAGAUACCAAAUUCAUCCUCAAAGGAGUCAUACUGCUUAUUGUAGACAAAGCCCUCGAAGAGCCAAAGUACAGCUCACUCUAUGCUCAGCUAUGUCUGCGAUUAGCAGAAGAGGCGCCAAACUUUGAUGGUCCAGAGACGACUCAACCAGGGCAGAAGCAAAGCACAACGUUUAGACGCCUCCUAAUUUCGAAACUUCAAGAUGAGUUUGAGAACAGAUCCAGAAAUGUUGAGAUAUAUGACAAGCGAGACAGCCCUCUCCUCCCUGAAGAGGAGGAGCAGAGAGCCAUUGCUAAGAUUAAGAUGCUGGGGAACAUCAAAUUUAUCGGCGAGCUUGGCAAGCUUGACCUUAUUCAUGAAUCUAUCCUUCAUAAGUGCAUCAAAACACUUUUGGAAAAGAAGAAGAGGGUCCAGCUUCAAGAUAUGGGAGAGGAUUUGGAGUGUCUCUGCCAGAUAAUGAGGACUGUGGGGCCUAGAUUAGACCACGAAAAAGCCAAGUCCUUAAUGGAUCAGUACUUUGCCCGGAUGUCCGCCUUGAAGACUUGUAACGAAUUGCCAGCAAGGAUUCGUUUCCUGCUGCAAGAUACUGCGGAUUUGCGAGGAAAUGGCUGGACUGCUCGCAAAGCUUUUAUUGAUAAUGGACCAAAGACUAUCAAUCAAAUCCGCCAAGAGGCAGUGAAAGAUUUAGGAGUCUUUAUUCCUCCUUCAAUGGCACAAGGAAUGCGAACUGACUUCUUUUUGGAAGGGCCGUUCAUGCCACCACGAAUGAAGCUCGACAGGGACCCACUUGGAGGGCUUGCUGAUAUGUUUAGACAGAUGCCAGGCAGUGGUAUUGGUACUGGUCCAGGGGUUAUACAGGACAGGUUCUCCCCAACCAUGGGACGUCAUCGUUCAAACCAGUUAUUCAACGGGCAUAGUGGGCACAUCAUACCUCCUGUACAGUCCCAGUUUGGUGAUAUUGGAGGCAAACCUUUUAUGAAAAGCCAGGGGCAAGGCCAGAUGUACCAGAGUCAGGGGCUCUUAUCGCAACAAGGGCAGUCAAAGGAUAUGCCUCCUCGGUUUAUUAAAAAAGGCCAGCUUAAUGCAGACGAGAUAAGCCUGAGACCAGCUCAGUCUUUUCUAAUGAACAAGACACAAGUGCCAAAGCUCCAGCCUCAGAUGAGCAUGAUGCCGCCUCGCACCCAGACACCACCCAUGGGACAGACACCACAGCUUGGCCUCAAAACCAACCCACCUCCCAUCCAAGAGAAACCUGCCAAGAUUGUGAAGAAGCCUCCACCAUCAAGAGAAGAGCUACUUAAACUUACUGAAGCAUUUGUGACGGACUACUUGAAUAACGGUAACGCGGCAGAUGCCAUAAACGGCGUGAAAGAAAUGAGAGCUCCUAAACACUUCAUCUCCGAAAUGAUUAGCCUGAUCGUCCUGCAAUCCCUGGACCGAUCUGAUGAAGACAAGGAGCGUGCCAGCGAACUGAUCGGUAUAUUGCGUCAAGAGGGAGUGGCAACAAGUGACAACUUCAUGCAGGCUUUCUUGACUGUGCUGGACCAGUGCCCCAAGCUAGAGGUAGACAUACCCCUGGUGAAAUCCUACCUGGCCCAAUUUGCAGCCCGUGCCAUAAUAGCGGAGCUGGUGAGCAUUUCUGAACUCGGCCAGCCUCUGGAGAACGGCACCCACUUCCCUCUCUUCCUGCUCUGUCUGCAGCAGCUGGCCAAACUAAAGGACAAAGAGUGGCUGACCGAACUCUUCCAGCUAAGCAAAGUCAACAUGCAGAAGAUGUUACCAGAAAUCGACCAGAACAAAGACCGCAUGCUGGAGAUCCUGGACGGGAAAGGACUGAGCUUCUUGUUUCCGCUCAUGAAACUGGAGAAAGAGUUACUGAAACAAAUACAGAUGGAUCCUUCUCCACAGACCAUCUACAAGUGGAUUAAGGAUAACAUCUCUCCUAAACUUCAUUUAGAUAAAGGAUUUGUGAAUAUUUUGAUGACCAGCUUUUUACAGUAUAUUUCUAAUGAGGUUUGCCCAACGGACGAUGCAGAGCAGGUGGCGUCACCAUCUAAAGAGCAGCUGGACCUGGAAAAGCAGCUGUUGCUGUCUUUCAAGCCAGUGAUGCAGAAGUUCCUCCAUGACCAUGUUGAACUGCAAGUCAGCGCCUUGUAUGCACUCCAGGUGCACUGCUACACUAAAAACUUCCCUAAAGGCAUGUUGCUCCGCUUCUUUGUCCAUUUCUAUGACAUGGAGAUACUAGAAGAAGAAGCUUUCUUGGCAUGGAAGGAAGAUAUUACACAAGAGUUUCCAGGAAAGGGAAAAGCUUUAUUCCAGGUGAACCAAUGGCUAACCUGGCUGGAGACCGCCGAAGAAGAGGAAUCUGAAGAGGAAGCCGACUAAAGAACCAGCCAAAGCCUUAAUGUUGUGCGAAACACACUGUUGCUAUGAAUUAAAUCGCGUUUUGACCUAACCACUGCGAAAAUCCAUUCCGCUGUAACAUUUUCGCAAAUCUGUAAAUGCAGAGGCAUGUCUAUUUAGGAUUCCUUCUGCUCUAAAAGAAGAGAGGUUUUUAAGUGUAAUGUCUUAAUCAUAGUCAGCCAUGCAAUAUUUUUUAGAGUUUCUGUAAUGUUUAGAUCUGUGCAUUAGCAGCAUGCAAUAAUUACAUCCUGGGUUCCCAAAACACACACAUGGUCUCUGGCGAGGACUUCUAUAGCUGCCGGAAAAAAAAUUAACCUUUCUGGGCCAUAAAAGGGGGGGAAACAAAACAACUGAUUUAGCAACACUGAAGAAUACUGUAGAGAUGCACUUUGCUCAGUGUAAUACUUGACUUGUUGCAAUAUCUGAUUAUCAAUUUGGUUGUUAAAGAAAAUCCUUUAACUGUAAUUCAUGGAUGUUACCGUAAUAGUAUGUGUAUUGCCUGUACUUCUACCUCUAGUAAUGGGCUUUUUUUUUUUUUUUUUUUUGUGCUAGAAUCUAAUAUCUUUGAACCUGGGCAAGUGCACAAGUCUUUAAAAACCUAAAAAAGAAAAAAAAAAUGUUACUUGCACAAAAAAACCUGCUCCAUUUUUGAGAGAUUGAUGGCUACCCUGAGAUACGUGGUUAUUUGUGGGUGUGAUGCUUAAAAUGGUGAGCAAAUGAAUUGGUCCUCCUUUAUUAUAGUAUUGAAAUUAAGUCUACUUAAUUUAUCAAGUCAUGUUCAUGCCCUGAUUUUAUAUACUUGUAUCUAUCAAUAAACAUUGUGAUACUUGACCUGUGAUUUUAUGGCUACAUACAAAUUUUCAUCGGGUCCAGUGUCAGAAAAAAA